AAAAUUCUAGCGCGAAUUUCUGGCCGCGUGCGCACUCGCCGUAACGCGUGUCGCAUUUCGACGAUAAACAGAGCCGCUUUUUGGAUGCUAGUACGGCGCGACACCGGAAGCGUGCUUCGGUUCGUUUGCCGCCAAACCACCCUUGCGUACUGCGAUGAAGAGUUGUUUACUCGGCUCACGAGCCCGCGAUCGUAGUCCGUAGGAUAAUCGUACAUCGCACGUGGAUGCGCAACACGUUGUAUUCCAUUCGCCGACAAAGAGCUGUACGAAAUCCUGCUGCGUAGUUCAUCGAAACCGGUUUCGUCUCGCUCAAACUUCACGGAUCUGUGGAAUAUAUAAUGGCCAAGGUUCAGCUGGCGAACGUCGCUGUCCUCGACAAUCCCUCGCCGUUCUUGAAUCCGUUCCAGUUCGAAGUCACGUUCGAGUGCAUCGAGGAGCUGAAAGAAGAUUUAGAAUGGAAAAUGAUAUAUGUGGGCAGCGCAGAGUCGGAAGAAUUUGAUCAAGUUCUAGAUACUAUUUAUGUUGGUCCAAUCCCUGAAGGAAGACAUAUGUUUGUAUUUCAGGCUGAUCCACCUGAUGUGAGUAGAAUUCCAGUCAACGAUGCUCUUGGUGUAACUGUCGUGUUGCUAACUUGUUCCUAUAGAGGUCAUGAAUUUGUUCGCGUGGGUUAUUUUAUAAAUAAUGAAUAUACGGAUCCAGAACUUCGGGAAAAUCCACCGCCGCAACCACAAUUCGAUAAAGUUCAAAGAAACAUACUAGGCGAUAAACCACGUGUAACUAGAUUUAAAAUAAAUUGGGAUGAUUGUCCAACUGGAACGGCGAACAAUCUCCCCGAAGGUAUGGAUGCGCCAGCGUUGGAAGAUACGUCACAAGACGCACCGACGUCCACAUUAGGUUUUACGGAGAAUACACAAAACGGUGGAAUGGAAGUGAUGUGAAGAACUAUUUGCUGCUGAUAAGAAAAUAACUCGAGAAUCUAACAUUAUACAACAAUUCGAAUGAUAAAUGUAGUACCUGGAAAGAAGAUAAGGAGCAAAAAGUACACACUCCGUAUAUAUAUAUAUUUAGAUAAUUUAAAAAAUCGCGCAAAAUGACCUUCCAUAUAAUAAUUGAUAUUUUCUUUCUAUGAGCCACAAUUUUUACAUUUUAAAUGAAAACUCUACAUGUUGGCAAUAUUUGUGAUACAUCUUGCAUCUGAAUAAAAAGAAUGAUUUGGAUUGCCGAGUUUUCUAUUCGGCACUUUUCUGUUUCUCUUAAUUGAAUAAUAUAAAUUUGGAAUCAUAGCUUACCUCUUAAUUUUAUUUAAAUAGAUUUAAAUAACUUGUGCAAGAAAGAAACAGAUAUAACAAAUCAUAAUAUCAAUUGUGCACAAAUAGAGGUUAAAUAUAAUUAUCAUCUUGCUGUAAUAUAAUAUAGUAAAUUUGAAUACAUGUUCUCAUGCAAUUUAUAUUUUUAAAAUUGGAAUAUUUCAAUGAAUUAUAAUUUAAAAAUUUAAACUAAAAAAUAUGUUUUUGAUGUUUUAAGUAUUAUUGCUUAUUAUAACGUUGCAUUAGAUCAUAAGACAGUUUCCAUUUUUUAUUAGUGUAUAUAUAUAUAUACGUACGUACUAAGAAUAAAAAAAAUACAUAUUAUUGUUUUUUACUUGAAUAUGUGUUCUUUUGUGCAACCUUUACUCACCUAAAAGUUCGACUUAAUUCAUAAUUAUUUAUAUUAUACGCAACAUACAUUUUAGUAUUUGUACAUGUAAUACUUUUUAACAUUAAUAUUAACAUUCAUAUUUAAAUUAUGA